CGACCCACUUCGACCGUGCCCAAGCAGUCACUUGACUCACGAAUCACACGCUUCGUGCUCGUCCAUCGAACAAGCCGGCAACUCUUAUGCAAUCGAACCGCACGCGACUUCCACCGAGGCUGAAAGUGAGAGAGGCCUCCCCUUCGUACGAAAGAUAGUCAUGGGAGAGAAACUCACCGCUUCGUGUCCGACCGGAACAGUCCUAAUCUCCUUUCGCGACUUUUGACAGGGCAAAGAGCGUUUCUACUUGCAUCUAGGUCUUUGUACCUUGGUUCCUGUGGUGUUCUCUUUCAUUUCUUUUUUUAAUUAGUGAAAUUUUGGACAACUGGCAUUUAAACAAGAGUUAGGUUCUUCGAAUCGAUAGCGCCUGACCGGGACGUUAUCUGGACGAGUUUCACUCUCGACAAAAGACGCGAAAGCGAAGGCGCGUCCCCUCUUGGUGAAUCCAUCAACUUGUGCACACGCUCUGGAUGGAGGAACGACUAUAUAAAAGAUAGUAAAUCGACAGAACUGAUUUACUUCUGUCCAGUUUGGAACGUGCAUCGCAAAUUCUUCAAAAUCCAGUAGAACCACGUAAUUUACCUAGUAAUUGUCUAGUUUGUAAUUUUCUAGUUAGAAUUUUCAAUCCUACAGACACCAGGAUCUUAAUCUAUACGAUGGAUUACAUGAGAAAUACGGCAAUCUUGUUGAUAUUCGCCGUGGCAACAUCGUCUGGUCAUCGUAUUAAUCGGAAACAAGUUUCGAUUUCUGACAAAUGUUAUCAAACUAUGAGUAUACGGCCACGAGAGUACUUUAAACAAGAACGAAACUUUCCUGUUGCUGAAGAGAAAACGAGCGGUGCUUUGGAGAGGACAGAUCGGAGACCAAGAUCUACAAAGUCGAUAGAAGAAACGUACGAUUCCUACAAUGGGCCCUUGGAAGAUCAGCAAGCAGAAGCGCAAAAUCUCGAAGAAGUGGUAGUCAACAGCAACGAUCUCUACAUCCCAGAAUCCAACGAUAUACCAGCCGGAGUACCCCGAGAGGGUCAAGUUCUAGGCCGUCACGUGCACGAGGACGUGCACAAGAUGGUAACCGUGAUAAAAAAAGUUGCAGUGCCCUAUCCAGUCGAAAAAACGAUACGAUAUCCCAUCGUCAAGAACAUACCGUACCCCAUCAAAGUACCUGUACCACAACCUUACCCAGUCGUAAAGAAAAUACCAUACCCGGUAGAAGUCUUCGUCAAAGUUCCACUGAAGAUACCUAAACCGGUACCAGUGAUCAAAGAAGUACCUUAUCCGGUCCAAGUACCAGUCAAUCGUCCGGUACCUUUCAAGGUUUAUAUACCUGACCCCUUUCCAGUAGAGAAGAAAGUUCAGUAUGAAGUUAAGGUACCAAUACCCGAACCAAUUCCUAUCGAACGAAAAAUUCCAGUAGCAAUAAAAGUACCGGUACACGUGCCUCAACCGUAUCCUAUCGAAAAAGUGGUGCAUUAUCCUGUAAAAAUCGAGGUGGAACAACCGAUACCGAUACCGGUAUCUAAACCAUAUCCUGUGCUAGUUUCCAAGCCUGUCCCUUAUCCCGUUGAUAAACCAGUACCUGUACCUGUGACAGUUAAGGUACCAAGACCUGUACCUGUAACUGUUGAUAAACCUAUCCCUGUCAAAGUGAAGAUUCCGGUACCAGCACCAUAUCCUGUGGAAAAGGAGGUACCUUAUACCGUGGAAAAACCGGUGCCUGUGCUGGUGAAGGUACCAAUCCAUAGACCUAUACCUGUCCACGUGACGAAACCUGUGCCUUACUCUGUUGAGAAGCCUGUUCCCUAUGCUGUUAAAGUACCCGUUUCUGUACCAGUAGAAGAGGAAAAGGAUGUGGACGAGGUUAAAUAUCACGAUUGAAAGCGAUGAACGUGAAUAGCAUGGUGAACGUUAGAGUAAUCUUGUUUAGUUAGGGCGUCUCCUAGUGCGAAAUUUGGAGUCAAUGGUAAUUGUUGAGUGGCUCUCUCCGUUUCUUUUUGUGUGUACAAAUACCGUAAGUGGAAUCGAAGAGUUAUUUAGAGCUAUUUAGAGUUACUAGAGUUAUUUAGAAGUUAGAUUGUGGAUUUUUAUUCAUUUGUAGGAAAUGUAAACGUAUAUUAUAUGUAAAAAUAUAUAAAAUAUCUAAAGUAUAGGCUCUUAAAGUGAGAGAAGGAGGGUCAGAAGGAAAUUAAUUUCUGUUUAGGUUCUCUAUCUUCAAUUUGUGGCCACAAGGAUAUGAAAUUGUACAAAUAUUUGCAGUUUAACCAGUAUUAACCAAUUUCAAAGGAAUUUCAGGAGAAUUGGUUUUAUUAAAAAGAAUUCAAAGGUAGCGAAUUUCAAAAUUUCUAUAUCAUUGAUUAUUAAACUUGAACUGCAACCUACAUUCCCUGGAAUCCAUUUUCUGGUUCUGCAUUUGCAUAUCGACAGAAUAGUUUCUGCCGUAGUACAUGCGCAUUGAUGCCAUUAGUAAUUAUCGCUCUUUAAAUAAUUUCUAUUUAUGUAAAAGAAAUAUCGAUAUUACGAUUCUUAGUUAAUUUAUUUCUAUAAGUUUCCAAUAAGAUACCGUUCGAAUAUAAAUUUGCAAACAUAUAAGGGCCGAAAACAACAUUGGAAUAAUUUAGAUAAAAGAUACGAUAUAUUUUUUACAUAAAUGCAACGAAAUCCAAGAUAUCGAUUUCCUUCCGGUCACGUUUGCCUUC